GCGCAGCAACGGCAUCGUGCAGCUGGGCUACCUAGCGUCGGCUUCCGUCAGGUUGGCUGACCAGCCAGUGGACGGAGCAGGCGCAGCGUUCCUUGCGCACUUCGGCUCCUGGCAGGGGCUGUUGCAGGACCUCAGGCGAUUGCUCGAGCUCAGCGUCGACGAGCUCAGCAGGUUGGAGGAGAAGACUUUCAGAGCGUCCAAGAGGGCGCAGAAUCGUGCUGCGGCCUCGUCACUGAAGGAUUUUCAGCAUUGGUUCAGCAGCCUCGAUUCCCAGGGGCAAGUUUUCAGAUCGCUCAAGGACCCUGAUCCUGAGCGCGACGAGUUCCACGACAUCGACGGCUCGGUCAGAUUUCAUCCCAUGGAUAUUGUGGACCGCAAGGUGCUACGCUAUCACAAGCUGUGGCACUCCGAGGUGGCCUCUUGGGAUGGGAUCCUGGCGACCAUGAGUACGGUCAGGAGCAGAGCUGAGGUGGAGCAGCUCGUCCCACUGGACGUUGCGGAUGUUCGUGCGGCUUUAGCGCGCGUGAAGGCUCGCGCAGGCCUCGGGAUCCUCUCUCCGACCGACAUAGAGAGGCUGCCCGAUGAGGGCGUCCAGUGCCUCUGCGACCUCUUCCAUAUGAUCGAGGAGGGCCUCUCUUGGCCAUGGCAGGUCAUGUGCGUGGUGGGGAAGCUGUUAGGCAAGAAGUCGGGCGGGGACAGAGUGAUCGGCUUAAUCGCGAUGCUGUGCCGUGUCUGGUCCAUGGCCAGGGAGGUGCAGAUGAAGGAGUGGUCCGCCCUGCAGGCGGAGACGGACCACUGGGACGCCGCCAUCGCGGGGAACAGCGCCCUGCGGGAAGCGUUCGUUCGGGCGUUGCAGGACGAGGUCCAUUCACGCCUGGACAUACCGCACGGUCAGACGGUGGUCGACAUUGCGUCAUUCUGCGACUCCAUUGAGUGGGAGCCUUUGACUUUGUGUGCCAUGCGCAAAGGUUUUCCCGCCGUCAUAUUGCAUCUGGAACUUCAGAUCUGCCUGGCGCCGCGCAUGCUGGAGCAGAUCGAUUCGUUCAGCGAGCCGUUCCAGGUGACUCGUUCAGUGGUACAAGGGCUGCGGAACGGCACGAGGUUUGCCAAGUGCCUCACAGCAUACGUGUGCCAGCGCCUUUGCCAGGCGCGUGUUUCACUAUCAGAGCGAAUCUGGAUAGAUGGUUUAUCUCAGAGGGUCAUGGGCUCGAGACAGCACGUCAGGCCCACGCUCAUCAAGGGAGUGCUCUCGACCAUCAGGUUGUUCUCCAAGUUGCAGUUGGCUAUCGCCGACAAGAGUGUUGUUUUGUGCUCGCACCGCAGUGACGCGCAGGUGGUCGAGCGCGUCCUCAAGUGGAAGGGAGUCGCUCUGCGAGCCGUGCUGCAGACUGCCUACCUCGGGGUGGAUUUGUCCUGCGGCAGGCGGCGCGGUCGUGCGACCGCCAGGCAGCGGGCGCUCAAGUCCAGCAAGGCGCACGGGCGGCUGCGGAAGUACGCGCAGGCCGCUCGGCGCUGGGCGGUGUCCGCCAAGCUGCAGCGUGCGGGGCCGCAGGCAGCCGCCGUCUACGGGCACCACGUAUACGGGCAGUUCGGUUCGGUGCUGCAGUCGCAGCGCCGUCGUCUCGGCGCUGCCGCGGGGUCAGCCAAGCGCGGCAGGUGUCUCACGACGCUGCUGGCGCUCAGACUCCCAGGUCAUGAUCCUGGAGUGCGCCUGCCGCGGCAGUGCUUAUCGCAAUGGCUGAGUGUGUGGCUGACCGACCCCCAGAUCAG